UACAGUAGAACCUCGAUUAUCCGUUCUCCUAUUAUCCGUUUUACUCUGUAAUCCGUGCUCGUCGACAUUUUCACUGAUCCGUUCCCACGAGCAGACAUCCACUCGAUUAUCCGGCAUUCAAUUCAUUACGCAUGCGCCAUAGUAAUAAUCGGGCGUCGGGGGAAGUACAUCAACGUAACGUGUGCUUCUGUCGGCAGGAAACAUUAUGAAUAUAUGUGUGCAAUAGUCAAGUCUAGAAUUCUGCUGUAGACAACGAUCUGAUACGAACAUGAAUUCAAAGAGGAAGAAGGUAGUUUUGACCAUUGAGGAAAAAUUACAACUGAUUGAAGAACGUGAAAAAGGCCAUAAUAUUCCAUUUUUGGCAAAUUCACACAACAUUGGAUUGCAGACAGUUCGUGAUAUCUUAAAACAGAAAGAUAAACUUCUGCAUUUCGCUUCGAGGUCCGAUUCCCUCAAGGGAACGAUGUCUCGUAAAACGACUAAAAAACCAAAUUUUGAGGAAUUGGAUAAUGCAGUGUAUGAAUGGUUCCAACAAAAGCGAGUGGAGGGCCAUCCAAUAUCAGGACCAUUACUAUUAGACAAGGCAAAAUGGUUCCACACGGAAAUGAAAAUUGAAAAACCUUUUCAAGCUUCACAAGGAUGGUUACUUCGAUUCAAAAAACGUCAUGGCAUACGACAACUCGAUAUUCAGGGUGAAAAAUUGAGUGCAGACAAUGGAGCAGCAGAAUUAUUCCUUGCCGAAUUUAAGCGUUUAAUAGAACGUUAUGAUUUAAGUUCGGAACAAGUUUAUAAUGCGGACGAGACCGGACUGUUUUGGAAAUCAUUACCAUCUAAAACACUUGCAAUGCAAAACGAAAAAUCUGCGCCUGGUCAUAAGUGUAGUAAGGAGAGGAUAACAUUAAUGCCUUGCUCCAAUGCCAGUGGAAACCACAAAUUACAGUUGUUAUGCAUUGGUAAAUCGAAAACUCCUAGAUCAUUCAAAGGAACAGAAAUGAAAAAUUUUCCUGUCAGAUACCAAAACCACCCUAAGGCAUGGAUGAAUCGAGAAAUAUUCAAAAAAUGGUUUUUUGAUGAUUUUGUUCCUUCGGUUAGAGCCCACUUAAGAUCUAAAAAUUUGCCGCAAAAGGCAAUGCUCCUAUUAGACAAUGCUCCAUCACAUCCAAAUGAAAAUGAGUUAGAAACUGAAGAUGGACAAAUUUUUGUACGUUAUCUUCCACCAAAUGUGACCUCAUUGUUGCAGCCAAUGGACCAGGGUGUAAUAGAGGCAUGCAAGCGACGUUUCAGGAAAAUAAUGUUACGGUUGCUAUUGGAAUCUGAUUGCAGUCUGAAAGAAUUCUGGAAAAAUUGGAAGAUAAAGGACGCUAUUUUCGCGGCAGCGGAAAGCUGGAAUGACAUUCCAACUGUGACUUUGCAAAGAUCUUGGUUCAAUUUGUGGCCUUCUUUAAAAGAUGACUUGAAUGAAAUUAUUGGAUCUGAAGAGAAUGCAAUAUUACCAGCGCAACUUUUGAAUGGCUUACAAAAUUUGGUAGAAUUCGAAAAUGUUUCAGUCGAUGAUGUUGAGGAAUGGCUAAAUUCGGAUUUGAAUGAACCUGGUUAUCAGAUACUGGAAGAUUCAGAAAUCGCAUCAAAUUUCUCCCAACCUAACCACUGUAUGGAUACAGACGAUGAAAGUGUUGAAGAAUUUUCCACGCAGGAAAACACUGUUUCUGCCGAAGACGCGUUGAGAUUCGCAAAUGGUCUGAUGCACUACUUAGAGCAGGAAAAUGAUACUGAUUAUAUUGAUGUCCUCCACUUGAGGAAAAUUCGGGCUCACAUUUGUCUCAAGAUGAAUAAUAAAAAAAGACAGACAAAAAUUACAGACUUUUUCAAAUAAUAUAUGCAAUAAUAUGCAAUGCAAUGAUUUGUUUUUCAUUUUAUAUUUUUAUAUGAUGUUAAGAUUCUAUUGAUUCUGUUGCUCAAUAAAUAAUAUUAUCCCAAAAAUUUUUUCAAUUUUCAUAGUUGUGAGUAUUUUGAGAAAUUUCGAUUGUCCGUGUUUUUCGAUUAUCCGGGAACCGUUUCCCCUCCAUUAGGCCGGAU